GGCCAAUAAUGCAAAAUCAAGGAUUGUGUAUACUUACAUCAACACCCCAAGGACAAGGACUCCACGCAAGUGCUCAAAAAAGUAUGUACAUCUAAUAAUACUUAGGAAGAAAUGAAUAACUCCAAGUGGUUAUUUUCUUAUUCCCAAAAACUAGCUCAAACCAACUUCAAAAAGUUUUACACAUCAGUCAAUUAUAAAAAUGCCCUCUAAAAAUCAAUAUUCCCAACAACAUAAAAUAUUUUGGAUCAUAUGAUUAAGGAAAGAAUUGUUGAACCCCUCUAAUAACAAUAAUAAUUAAAUAUACAAUAGGAAGAAGUCAAAGAAACACAGUAAGUCUAAGAGUUGCAUUAACCCAUAUAACAAAAACCAAUUGAUAUUGAAAAAAGAGUAGAGGCUGUCAUCCUUUAAAGUAGUUUUUUUUCUUAUUUUUUAGUGGAUGGAGAUGGCAAUAAUAAUUCGAGAUUCAAAUUUACAAAUAGCAAAAAUAUCCCAUAAGAUUAUGAGGCAAUAUAAUAAAUAAAAUAAUAUCUUCAAAAAUGA